UCUCUCUCUCUUUCAUAUCUCUUUUUAAUAUAUAUUAUAUAUACACACACACAUACAGAGAUAGAGAACAGCCAAUGCUAUUAUCAUUCCAACACUAUGAACGCAGGCAUAAUUGCUCUUGAUUUAUCCUUUCCAGACAGUGUUCAAUUUUUUGCAGCACGGCCUUCGAGCAAACAACAUAGCAAGGAAAACGACUCGUUACUGUCACUUGCAAAGACCACCCACCCACGACGUCAGAAAUUGCGAGGCAAACUACGCAUCGUAGCAUCUCAACCGACCAAAGUGAGCCAAGUCGAAAUCAAGUUCCUCGGUCAAACAGAGCUUGCGUGGCGCGAUCCACUAAAGUCACAACACUCCAUCCUGGCUGAACGCAUGAGCGCUCGAAAGACAUUUCGAAAGUCAAAAAGCAUUUUGUUGGAGGAAGCAACAUUACCAGGCGGUGUCACAGAAUUAGGUUUUGAAAUAACGAUACCUGGUUACUUAUACCCUACGUUCAAGUCAAAGUUUGUCAAUAUAAACUAUACCGUUGUUGCCAAAGUCAUUCCUAGCAAUAGCAAGCUGCACAAGAAGCCGAUCCGCGCCGAAAAAGAUGUCAAAUUAGAAAAGACGCUUAUGCCGCAAGAUGUCGCUUCGGGCCAGGUAGCAGGAUACGUGGUGCCCCGGAUCACUAUGCGAGGGUCGGCGCAACGCGACGAAUACCAUUUCCUGUGGGAGUUCAAGGUCCCUAAAUGGGUAUCGCUCGAUCAAGGAUUGAUUGAGUUUGAUGGCGUCGUUCAAUUAUUAAAAAGCGCAGAUAAUUAUGAUAAUGAAAAAGCGCAGUCCUCGUCUCGCAUCACCGGUAUUGCCAAGAUUGAAGUGGACGUCGUACAGCAGAGCUUCUAUCAUUAUGAGAUCAGGUACAUAUUACUCAGGCCAAUGAAUAAUGUCACGUGGAUGGAAUGCUCAUAUCGUUCUCUUUUCGACAGCGAGGAAAAUGCUGCCAUCGUAUUACUGACAGAAUCGCCCAUGGCGUUCAGCGACCGACUCACAAAACGCCACUUGACGAUCACACAUUGUAAACCAUCGACAUACCUCCAUCCACCACUAAAUACACCCAUUGCAUUCUCAUUUCCCAUACAAAACAACGCCUCCACUGGUGAAACCGCAGGAGGACGAGACAAGAAAGAAGAAUACAUUUCGCAUCGUAUAAAAUCUCUACCUUACGCACGAAAUCGCAGCAUACCCAAGGAGUCCAUUCCAUCGUCAUCUUGUGUCGUUGACACAGCACAAUACUAUGCACCUUCCACUACGAUAUCCAAAGACAGCCUUGCAUGUUCACUGGACUCACCGUUCCUUGAAAUCCGACAUUAUAUACGCAUGAUCAUUCAUCCAGCCACUCAUCUAUACAACGGUGAUUCCACUCCUAUUUGUAUCGGCCUACCUAUUCAUGUUACCCAGAACGUGUCAGUCACAGAAACGGAAGAAGACGCAUUACCAAGUUACCAAAGCAUCGUUCGAGGAGCAGAAGAACUGCCUGAUUAUGAUACCAGUAUGAUCCACGAGGAGCAACAGCAACAACAAGAAGUAACAGCAAUAUCAAUAGCACCUGAGUGGCAGCAGCAGCAGCAGCGGAGGCGGCCUAAUACGAUCAGCAGCUGUAAUCAUCAUCGACAACGAUCCGCAGCAAGCACAGUGUGCCUAUCGGAUGAAGUUGAUCUGGUGGAUUUGUAUAGACAAAGUACUCGGCAGUCAUCUUCGACAUCCGCUAGAACAAGCCAGGAAGAAAGCAGCACUCCCAUGUCACGAAGCAGCACAACAGCAACUAUGCAGUCUGAUGUAAUGUUUUCUAACUCAUGGCCCAGUCGGAUGCAGGAGCAGCACGUACUCAUUCAGGAACGUCGAAUGGAGGACUUUUGGAUCAUAUAAUCGCAGUAUGUAAAGAGGGCCAAACUUUCCAUUCCUAUGCUUACAGCAUCGCAGUAGUAUCCUUGUGUUUGUUAAAUAAAUUUAUAGUAAGUUAUGCCAUACUGCUAAAUUAUGUAAAGUGAUCACUCGUGUCUAUUGAGUGUGAUCCACAUUGUAAAUAUAUAAAAACCAUCAACGUUGUGGAAUACGGCGUGUUGAUAUGGUAUACUCUUUAGGCCAGCAAGUACACUCUGAGCCACUACCCAAUGUUAAGCACGUCGUCUAGUACUAUCUCUAACCCAACGGCUUCUGUCAAUGUCAAUGAAAGAUCAGCCACGAACUGGA